AUGGACGCCGAUCCACAGCUUCAAAAUAACCGCUCGAAUUUUCUUCAAAUACCUACUGGAAACACUGGAAACUUUGACGAUUCUAUGAAUAUUUCACCGAGCAAUUACGGUCAGUAUUCACAAACAAGAAAUGCUACUGGAUCCAAUGUCUCGUUUAAUGGUUCAACUUCGACAUUAUCUCAACCUGUUGCUCCGGCUGAAUUAUUACGUGCUGUCGUUAUAAAUCGUCCAACCGCGCAAAUGAUUGAAGCUUUUCGGUUCUCAAAACCAAGAGUCGAGAUGACUGAACAAGAAGUAAUCGAUUUUGUUAUGAAUCCAGUACCACAAGGUCAAAAAGUUCUUU